CUUCGAUUCCUUGACUUAUGGACGUCUGAGGCUGUUGAGGUGCCCAAAGUGUUGCUACAGUGAUAGCGCUGGUAAAUCUAAACAGCCCAUUACUCACAGAAACUCUAUAUGAUUACGAUGAGAGCGAAUAAUCUGAUCAGGAAAGUGUCUGUUUUGGAGUUUACCGUUUCUUUCUUUGGAGUGAGGCUCCAAAUGCAUUUAGUAAAAGAAGCUGCAGCCCGCUCCAGCUGUGGCUUUUGGCUCCUGUGUCUCCACAUUAUUGAUUUGCAAAGAGGAGUGCUGUUGCUGCCGCUGCCCAAUAGGAGCCUGAGACAGUUUUAAAAAGAGAGAGAGAGACAGGGGCAGAUGAAGGGAUGAGAUUGGUGUAACUUUUGGAUGACCCCUUCAUGACAAAGACACUGUCCAUCAAUUGUCCUCAGUCAUUAUUUCACUGCUUUUAUGCCAAGGGGCUUUUUGUACCUUUUGUUGCUUCCUCUGUUGAACACCAUGCCUUCAAGAAACUGAUCUAUCUGUAUGUGUAUGUAUAUAUAGAUAGAUGGAUACUUGGAUAAAACAUCCACAUGGAAGAUUUUUUUUUUUAUAAUUAUUCCUCUACUUUUCUCAUAACAAUACAUGGAUUUGAAUUUGCGUUUUUGCGUGCACGUGUAACAUUUAGUGUUUAUUUCUCUGUCGCUGUGCAGCAGAUUGAUAUGUUUGUUUAUUCUCAUGAGUCUUAUCUAGGUGUGUCUUCAUUUAGGCAAAAGCGCGUUCAGUUGUAUGUUUACUCGUGUUUGGACCUGCAUCACCUCCAUUGGCCGCUCUGGUCACAUGGUUCGCUAACUUUAUUCAGUUGACACCAAGUAGGAGGGCUCUAUGGAGGAGAGGAAAAAAAGACAACUCGAGAAAAAUUAGUAUUUUCUACCUUCAGAAAUUAAUGGCCAUGAGUUCGUAUAUGGUGAACUCUAAGUAUGUGGAUCCCAAAUUUCCUCCCUGCGAGGAAUACUCGCAGAAUAACUACAUACCUGAGCAGGGCUCGGACUUUUACAGCCCGGCGCAGGACGCGGACUUCCAACACCCAGGGAUCCUCUACCCGCGGUCAAACUACACAGAGCAGCCGUUUAGCUGCAGCACUGUGCCGGACUCUGCGGUGCAGCCACGGGGUCACGCCGGCCACACUGCACACUUUGACGCACAGACUGAGCAGGGCCCCCCGGUCCAAACGGCCGGACCUCGGACUUGUGGCCAGCAACAAAACGCAAAGAGUCAAAAUGGGCUCCAAGCCAAGCAACCUGCAGUAGUUUACCCCUGGAUGAAGAAAGUUCACGUAACUACCGUGAACCCGGACUACACGGGAUCAGAGCCCAAGCGCUCCAGAACCGCAUAUACCCGGCAGCAGGUCCUGGAGCUGGAGAAGGAGUUCCACUUCAACCGGUACCUGACCAGGCGGCGGCGGAUCGAGAUCGCCCACACACUCUGUCUGUCCGAGAGGCAGAUCAAAAUCUGGUUCCAGAACAGGAGGAUGAAGUGGAAGAAGGACCACAAGCUGCCCAACACCAAAGGCAGAUCGGCGCCGGCCUCCGGCCAUCUGCAGAACAUUCAAAAGGAUAACCAGACUGAUAUAACAGCGCUAUAAAGGACAGAGGAGGAGGAUUCAGGACGAAUAUUUGUACAUAAACGAAGACAAAGGGUGCAUUUUGACUUCUGCAUGGACUGGUGUCUUUUGAGCAUUAUUUUUUAAUUUAACAAAAAAUAUCCCAGCAAUUUUGACUUAAGACUGUGUCAGAAAAUCAAUCAUUUCGUAUUACU